AUGAGCGACUCCGAUUCCAAUCCCACUAUCCCAAACUGGCAGAAGGCGCAGUCAGACGAAACCGAUAGUCAAACCACCGAGCCGGUGUCGACGCCGUCCACAAGCACAGCAACAUCAGAGGUCGAUGCGCCGGCAGCCGUAACUACAGCGGAAGAGACAGCACAACCAGAAAUCCCGACGGAUGAUAAGCCCGACGAUCAAGACAAACUCGAAGUUGCGCGACGCUUCCUUGAGAACGAUGCUGUGCGCGACGCGCCUUAUGAGAAAAAGGUUGAGUUCCUUAAGUCAAAAGGAAUCGACGAAGCGGGAAUACAGGCGCUUCUGGGCGAGGACGACUCUACAACACAAGACGAGCCGUCCACCAGUUCAGAAACAACCAGCCCCAAUGCACCAACACCUACCGAAACUCUUCCCCCAUCACCAGCUCCCCAACCAACAACCGACCGCCCUCCAAUUGUAACAUACCCCGAAUUCCUCGCCAAAGCUCCCCGUCCUCCUCCUCUUGUCACGAAGGAGCGACUUUUCAACGCCCUCUAUGCUGUGACCGGUCUCUCUACUCUUGUCUACGGUACAAGUCGCUACGUCAUCCGGCCCAUGGUUGACUGCCAGGCCGAAGCCCGUACAGAGUUCCACGACCUGACCUCCAAGAAGCUCGACGCACUGGUUGCAAAGCUCGAAAAGACUGUCUCCGAAGUCCCACCAAAGAAGUCUGCUGCCAUAGUUGAGGAUGAGAGUGAUGUGGAAGACCCUACAGAGAUGUUUCAUCGAGACAUGGGCACCCAGACCACAUUCCCCAUAAGCUCCGUGACAGCUCUUAAAGGCUCUUCCGGUCACGACUCGGCUGCCAAGCAUAACACAAACCAGCUCGCUAGUCUCAACAAGACUCUUUCUGGGCUCAAAGAUGAAUAUCGUUCUCAAAGUGAGGGAAUGGAUAAGAUCAAGAGUGCUGUUGAUGUGUUGCGGGAUGAUCUUGACACCUUGACCUACACUGCCUACCCUGAGCAGAGCAAUGGUUAUGACCUGUACGGCCGCUCGCGCAAGCCUGAGCCUGACGAUGAGAUUCGCAAGGUGAGGGAUAGCAUUCGACGUGUCAAGGGUGUCUUGCUCAGCACGAGAAACUUCCCGACUUCAGCACGAUGA